GCUAAUCCAAUAACUCUAGUAAUAUUGAAUUAUUGAAACAAGUAAAGAACCAAGCAACCAAGUUUUCCCAUAUAAAAAAGCAAAAUCAAAAAAGAAAGUAAAGAAAACAAAUGUUUUGUCUCUAAAAAUGUUUUAAAACCUGUUCUUACCGUUUUCUGGUCUUGACUUCUAACCUCUUCCUGUAGACCCUCAUCGGCGUUGUAACUUGCUGCUACAUAGUUUACCACGAACAAACCGACCUUGAAGAGGUUUAUAUCAAAACUAAUAGGGCUCUUCCAUUGUAUAUUUUUUAUAUACUUUAUUAAAUCGAAAAAUUAGUUUUCUUGGAAAAUUUUGACUCUUUGAGCUAGGGAAUAAGGAAUUGCUAUGUCUACACUUAAUGGACAGACGGCGUUAGCCUAUGCAAAGGUUUGGCAUCAUGUUUCUGCAAAAGGGAUUCCAUUAGGACGUCUCGCGUCGAAUAUUGCUAUUACAUUAAUGGGCAAACACAAGCCAAUUUUUCAUCCUGCCGCUGACUGUGGAGACGUUGUCGUAGUCACAGAUUGUGAAAACAUUCGAAUUUCUGGCCGAAAGCUUGAACAGCAUAAAUACUACUCCCAUUCAGGACGACCUGGUAAGUUAAAGGAAUGGACGAUGGAGGAAAUGGUCAAAAAGAGAGGUUAUAGAGAACUUUUGAGACGGGCUGUAGGAGGAAUGCUUCCAAAAAAUCGGUUGUGGGACAUGCGCAUGAAUCGACUACAUAUAUAUGAUGGUCCUACCCAUCCUUACAAGGCAAAUAUUUUCCGGAGAUACAACAGCCCUAUACUUUCCGAAAUAGAAAUGUUAAAAAAAUAAAAAUCAUCUAGCCUCUCAGUGAUCUGUUGCAUUGCAAAGCUAUCCUAUUUCCUUUAUGAUACCUAAUCCUCCUCUCUUUGGCUUCGUUUCUAUCUACGAACUUUUUCCAAUGAGCAAAUGUUUCAGUAAAAAGUCCCUUUUUUAUUUUAAUAGUGAUAAAUAAUAAACAGUUUAAGAUGAAAUAUGAAUUCAAUUAGUAUCUAAUCAUCAAUGCUAGUUUAGUCCCUUUUCACGUGUGUUUCUUACUAUGAUAAUAAGACUCGUUUAUUU